UGACAGAACUGUCAAUUUUUCCAAACAAAAACAAAUCAGAAGCGUAGCAUUUAAAUUAAUUUUCCUUAAUUUUUCACCAAAAAGAGAAAAAUAAUGAGUGGAAAUGAAUUAAAUCCAUCAGUUUGUCGUAUUUGUGGUGAAAAGGAUUUUCUGGUUGAUAUUUUGAGCGAUGAAAAUUAUCACUUGUUCGGGAAACUCAAGGAAAUCGAAGGCGUCAUUAAGAAACCAGCACAGGUGGAAAGCUUCGAUGAACUGUUCAAAUUCAUCUGCCGGGGAUGCGAACAUGCCUUGGAAGGAUUUUACGAGUUUCGCUCUAAGAUCCGGAAAAUGCGGAGAAAACUCACAAAAGCAGCGAUGACCGGGAGAAUAAUGGCUCCUCCACCUGAAAAGGGAUUUCCCAUAAUUCUCGCUGAAAUCCACAAGGAUCAAGUGAGGAAAACACAACUUUUCUAUGGAAAUGUUAUCCAGGAAGAAGGAUUUCCUGAAGAAGAGCCUACUGAGCAAGAUGGACUUGUUGGCCAAGCAGCUACCGAGGAAAGUAUGAUCGUCGAAGAAAUAUUUGCUGGAGACAAUCUCGAAGAGAAAUCCGAAGUUAUGCCUGAACCAGAAUUCAUUAUGAUGGAUUACAUGGAGGAAGUAGAGAGUUCUGGUCCAGAGGACGAGAUGCCUUUUGAAGAAUUUGAAAAGAAACUCUCCGCAAAAUUGGGUGAAAUGAAAAAGACUCCUGUAAAAGGGCAGGAACAAUCUGAAGAGGAUGUUGAAGAAAUUCUCAGUAGGAUACUUGAGAAGGCCAACAAAAAAUCUCCCGGGGAUAAAACGUUAGAACCAGUCAAGAAAAUUGUUCAAAAUAUCUUAGAAAAAACAGCCAGCGGGGAAUCCACAGACAGCCUACCGAGGAAGAAAGGAAAGUUCUCCGGAAGUUCAUCAGCGAAGCUUGCAAUAUCCAUAAAAAUUGAGUCAAACUUAACACCUCAACGCCUGGAGGAAAGUACUUCGUCAAUAUCUUCAUCUUCCGUUAAAAAAUGCCGCAUUUGUGGACGAGCUUUUGCACUUCGGUCCAACUAUGAGAAUCACAUGAAAAUCCAUCAAAUCAACCAGAGUCCUGGCAAUUACAAGUGCAGCUUCUGCGACAGAGUCUAUAAAUCCCGUCUUAACUGGGAAAUCCACGAAUUGACCCAUAAAACCGACGAAGAGGGUACAGAGGAGCAAAUUCAAGAACUCAGAGCAAGACGUAGUGCCGCUCUAGCGAAAUCCAUGAAGAAACUCUCGAAAACUCAAACAGUUCCCAACGUUGGAAAGAAUUCACCGCCAAUGACGAUGGGAGGAAAAUGCAAAACCUGCGGACAAUCAUUCAAAAAUAGUCGAGCUCUGCGGGCUCAUGAGAGGGGGCACAGCAAUGAGGAGAAGACUGAUACAAAAUUCCGAUGUAUCUUCUGUAUGCAAGAGUUCCGAAGUAGGGGUCUCAUGAGGUUCCAUCAGGCACACACUCAUCUCAAUGUUGAAAUGUAGUUCUUUAAUAAAGAGAAUGUUUUUUUUAAAAAGA